CAAAACAAAUAUCCAUACAAACACAACACAUAUUUGAGAGACACAGAGGAAGAGAAUAACCCAUUCGUAGUUUUCUUGCAAACAUAAAAAAAAAAAACCAAAAAUCAGAACAAGAAGAUGGGAGUUGGAGGAACAUUAGAGUAUAUAUCUGAGCUAAUAGGAAGUGGAGGAAGUCAUAGCUAUGGCAAGAGGAAGAAGAAGAAGCAGUUUCAGACAGUAGAGCUCAAAGUUAGAAUGGAUUGUGAUGGUUGUGUCCUCAAGGUCAAAAACUCUCUAUCUUCUCUAAAAGGAGUUAAAUCGGUGGAGAUAAACAAGAAGCAGCAAAAGGUGACGGUGAGUGGUUACGCGGAAGCGAGCAAGGUGCUGAAGAAGGCGAAAUCGACGGGGAAGAAGGCUGAGAUAUGGCCUUACGUUCCGUACAACUUGGUGGCUCAGCCGUACAUAGCUCAGGCUUACGACAAGAAGGCGCCACCUGGUUACGUUAGAAAAAUGGACCCAUACGUCACCACCGGGACGAUGGCCGUCGACAACGAUGACCCUUCUUACACUUCUAUGUUUAGUGAUGAUAAUCCUAAUGCUUGCUCUAUUAUGUAA